AUGUGCCGCGAUGAAUCUGAACUUGUCCAAAACAUUGUUGAAGAUAUCUCAAAGUCUAUUGUAAAUCAGAUGCCAUUACCUAUUGCUGAAUAUCCAGUUGGAAUAAAUUCCCGCGUAGAGGAUGUUCUAAGAUCUUCAAAUAUUGAAUCAAAUGAUGAUAUUAGCAUACUAAGGAUUUAUGGCCUUGGUGGAGUAGGCAAAACUACAAUUGCAAAAGCUAUUUAUAAUAGAAUUUCAUAUCAUUUCCGAACAAAAAUUUUUCUGGAGAAUGUUAGAGAGAAUUCAAUAACAAAAGGCAUAAUCCACUUACAAGAGACACUUCUUUUCAAGAUCACAGAGAGUAAGAAUUUGAAGGUGCAUAACAUAUCUAGUGGAACCAACAUGAUAAUUAAAAGUCUUUGCCAAAAGAGGGUUCUUAUCAUUCUUGAUGACGUGGAUAAUUUGGACCAGAUAAAAAAAUUGUUUGGAAAAUGUGAUUGGUUUGCUUCUGGAAGUAGAAUAAUUAUGACAACAAGAGAAAAACGCUUGAUAGACACUAUUGGAAAUGGUGUCUGA